UUCUAUUGCGGCCAAAACGUGGACCAUUGUCAACUCGGGAAACACACGAAAACCCACGGACCUUGCUCAGACAAACAUCGAUCCAUCAGGCUUGUCAAAUCAUUCGAGACCGAUGUCAAAAUUGACGUGUCACAUAUCGCGUGCGAAAUAUGUGAUAGUAAUAGUUUUGAUAGUAUCGAUGAGUUAAUAAAUCAUCUCACCAGUGUACAUAGUUUGCCAUAUAACAGAGAAGUAGAUAUGCCAAUUUCUUGCUAUCGAUUGGUCGAUCUGAAAUGUCUACAAUGCGAUCAGUCGUUCAGCCUUUUUAACGAACUUCUAAAUCAUAUUAGUUCGAUUCAUUCUAACAAUUGUUUCGUUUGCCAAGAAUGCAAGAAAACUUUUAAUAAGAAAAAGGAAUUGCAGUCGCACAUCAAAAUUGAUCAUAAAAAACAACAGUUGAGUUGUAACAAAUGCAGGCAAUGUUUUGCAAAUCUUGCUGAAUAUAAUAAGCAUAAGCAAAGCGUGCAUUUUGCGCGUAAGUGUAACCUUUGUCUUAGAACGUUUUCGUCUGAUAUCAAAAGAUUGCUUCAUAUGAAAACUGAACAUGUUUUAGAUACGAAAAUUGAAUGCCAGUUCUGUAACAAGACUCUAAAUACAAAAACAGCUUUUCUAGCACACGUUUCGAAAUGUAAGACUGAUGUUUCAAAGGUUUUAGAUAAAGAAAAAAAAUCUACAGUUUUUGAUAUAAGAAGAAAUGUAGCAUGUGUCCUGAACAUGUCGACUGCAGUGCCUUUUAAGUUUUUCUUGCACCAAUUCCGGUGUUUUUAUUGUCCCAAAGAUUUUAGGGACAGCGAUUUACUAAAAGAGCACACAGUUCUCGAGCAUCCUCACUGCGACACGAGAUUUAGAAGCUUGAAACUACGUAAUAGGAAAGAUGGUGUUAGAAUAAAAGUAGACGUGUCCACACUGUCUUGUAAAUUGUGUUUUGAACCGAUCAGCGAUCUGGAUACACUCAUAAAUCACAUAAUAACUGAGCAUAAAGCGCAUUACGAUAAAACUGUAGACAACUACAUUGAGUCCUACAAAUUAAUUAAGGAUAAUUAUCCUUGUCCGUCCUGUCCUGAAGUGUUUCGGCAAUUCGGCAUUCUGUUGAGGCACGUGAGCAGCUGUCACUCGGAGAACAAGAUUCUCUGCGUACAUUGCGGCAUGUCUUUUCGGGCCGAUCCGAACUUAAGAGCGCACAUUAAUCGCCAUCAUAAACCCUAUAACCACAAAUGUUCAUCGUGCGAUCUAGGAUUCGCUACUAACGAAAUGCUUCAACGCCACCGCGGUAAAGUGCACGGAACCAACAUAGCGACAUGUAAAAUAUGCUCUGAAAAGUUUGCGUCUAAAAACGUCAUGAGACGGCAUCUGAUAAAUGCCCAUGGUGUAGGACAUAAAUGCGAUUUUUGUGGCAAGCUAUUUGGGAAACACUCUGUCAUGGAAGAGCAUAUAAGAAGGCUGCAUUUGAAGGAGAAGAAUGUGAACUGUCCAGUGUGUUCAGAGAGGUUUUUCGACGCAACCAGACUGAAGGUGCACAUGGUGAAACAUGUCGGCGAAAGAAAUUUCCAUUGUGAUAUAUGUAAUAAAAAGUUCUUGUGGAAAAAGAAUCUGAGAGUUCACAUGGCUAUGCACGUGAAAAAUUCGAAUCAUAAUUUGAUAUGUUAACGAUGUCUCGGAAUUGGUAUCUGUCCAGACCUGUGUUUUACCCAGGUUCUCCUGGGUGAAGUACGGGGAUUUACAGGACCUUAGUCCUGUGUUUCAAUUGAUGACGUUAUUUACUAAACUCAUUACAGAAUCAUCCAAGUUUAUUGCAAGCUAGUAUAAAGCUAAUACUGGAACACUUGAUCUUUGUGUAAGACUUCGUUCUCAGUCUAAGAUCUUUGACUUGAUCAUUCUUUAUUCCUAAUGACGUGUUUACAAUGAUCGCCUAUAGCAUAUAAUGUUGAAGAAACGUUAUAGCUGGAUGAAAUGCCUGUCGGGGCCAAUACAAUAUAGGGAUUCCGAAGGUGAAAGAAAGGACGUCAAUAUACACACAUAUAAACUUAUCUUGUAGCUCCAGUUUUAUAUAGAUAAUAACGAUUUUAACUAAAUAGGUUUAUAACCAUAAAUAUAUACCUAAAUCGAAAAAUGAAUUAUUUUACACAUAUUUCACUUUAAUUUUAUGAAAGUUUAUACAAAUGGAGAAUUUGUGAAAAAUAUUCUUUGCGGUGAGACCUUUUGCGAUAGGGACAUUUCCAAAACAUAACUCCCCAUAAAUUCACUUUUACGAUUACCUGACCUUAGGUACAGGGUACUUUAGGUACUAUCAUCCGUUGUUUUCAAUUUGCGAAAUCAAAACUACACGUAAUCGAUCGACGAAUAUGAAUAUGAAAAUCACAUUUGAAACGCUAAAUGCGCAACUACAGGGGACGAAAUUUG